AUGCCUGUUUUAUCUUGCCCGCUUUGUACACGAGAGUAUGCUCGGAUGAGCCAGCACUUGGUAGUAUUUCACAAGAUUGAGAAUAAGGAGGAGAGAAAGCUUCUGCUGUCACUGCAGUCCGGGAGGGUAAAUAUCAACAGUUGCCUUUGCCCAGUUGCUGGUUGUGGGAAGGCAACAACCCGGAUAGACCGGCACCUGAAAUUGCACACGGAGUUGUCCACUUCUGAAAAGGAGAGCGCAGUCUUGUCCUGCAAGAGAAAGAGGGUGAUCGGACAGCUGGCAGCACUUAGGGCCACGAACCCGGAGGUGCCACUGGUUAGCACCCUGGAUUUGGAUCCGGACAUUGAGGAAGCUGAUUGCCCAUUUGAAGAGGAGGAGGAGGAGGAGGAGGAAGGAUGCAGCAACCCUGGCUGUAAAAAUCUAAUUGAAAAGCUGAAGCUAGAAAUCAGUAACCUUAACCGUAGCAACGACACGCUGACCGGUGCCCUGCAAAACGUUACCAAGAAGUACCGUCGUUUGCAGAAGAGGGCAGAAUCCAGGGGUGCGGGCCGCUUAACCAAGGCAACCAGGAGACUGAUCUCUUCUGUCAAGUCUGACGCUUCUGCCGACACUUCCACCGUGCAGCCGUCGCCCAGCGAUUUGGAUCCCUACCUCAGCCAGCAGCCACAGGAUCCUGACGAAAGCGAUCGUGGGUCGACACUGAAAAAAAUCAUGGAGGAGUACAAGACAAAUCAGUUGGGUCCAGACCCAUCUUUAAAGCACAUUGACAAUGUCAAUGCAAAAAUGUUCCGCAUUAAACAAUUUCUUACAUACAUGGCUGAGGGAAAGUCAAGACUGAGCACCCUGGUGUUUUUGAACGAAACAAGCAGGAUUCAUGCGUGGGUCAGCUCCUUGCGCCAUGCACAUAUGAAGGAGACCACUAUUGAUUAUUAUGUACAGAAUGUUUCACAUUUCAUCACGUACAUCUCGGAAACUCCUCCACCUUCCUGCCGGCUUUCAAAAACAGUAUUAAUUGGUCUUCAUCGGGAGAUGCAGACUGUCAAAAAGUCUUUGAAGAGAAAAGUGGCCAUGCACCGGACAUUGGUGAAGACCCAAAAGCAGCAUAGGGUGCUGAGCAAAGCCACUAUUUUGAAGUGCCUGAGCCAGGCCAAGCAGGCCAUCCCCAAUAUUCUGGCCCUCCUGGAAAGUGACGUGGCCACCACAGCUCUUCAGUGGGAGUUUUAUGGCCACUUGUCGGCGUACUUGGCAGCCCUCUACGGUCACCGAGGGGGGGUUUUCCAAAAUAUGUUAAUAAAGGAGGUCGAGGAGGCCCAGGAAUCCCCAUCCGACGGUGUAUUCUUGAUCAACAUCCAGUUCCACAAAACCAACCAAAUGUUUGGCCCAGCACAGAUAGCCGUAACCAGGGAGGAGUACGAAUGGAUGCAGCGCUUUCUCAAAAUAAGGAGAAGACUUCCCGGUGGCAGCACUGCCCAAUACUUUUUUUUUACUUCAACGACAAACGUCUGCAAAAAGCUGGUGACAUAUUUCCGUAGCGCUUGGAAGGCGAUGGGACUUCCAGGCAGCCCAAACUUCACUGACCUCAGAACCUCAAUCGCCAGUCAUGCUAAAUUCACUCAUUCGGAAGACAACAGAAUGAAAAUUGCCAAAUUCAUGUGUCACGAUGUUACGACGGCCGACAGGUUUUAUGUGACUAACUUGUCGGUCAAGCAGGCUGUUGAGCACCGGAUGCUUUUCGAGGCUGCGCUGAAAGGGGAGGACGACAGUACAGCAGGGGUCAAGCGAGUGCGCCCUGGCCGGAAAACGGACGAACCAAGGAAGAGGCUGAAGGCAUCUGAAGAAGCCUCGGGUGACACAUCAGGCUCUCCUGAGAUGAGUCCCGAGACCAGCCAGGGUGAAGAGGGCCUGUCCGAAGGUGAUGCAUCAGGGCAGAGUGGAGAAGGCUCAGCGACAAGCAGCCAGGAGGGUUUACCAGUCCCCUCGCCCAAAAAACCCCCGAUUGUUGUGAUUCCCCCGGUGAGGACAAAAAAAAAAACAUUGACACCACGCCGCAUUUCACCCAUAAGGGUUGAGAAGGUUGAAGAGGGCGUGUCCGAAGGUGAUGCACCAGGGCAGAGUGGAGAAGGCUCAGCGACAAGCAGACAGGAGGGUUCACCGGUCCCCUCGCCAAAAAACACCCCGACUGUUGUGAUUUCCCCGUUGCAGUCAAUAAGGAAUAAAUUGAGACCACGCCGCAUUUCACCCAUACCUGUCGAGAAGGUUAAAAAAAUGGCCCAGCAGAAGAAUGUCAACAAGAAAGACAGCGAACACCCAUCCUCCUCGGAGGAGAUCAUAGGAAGAGGUAAUAUUCCUCCUCCUCCCCCUCCUCCCCCUAACAGUCCCAAUUUGCCCCGCCAUCAAUCGCCCCGCCAUGCGCCCCCAUCUCCUCCACGGCCUCUUCCUCAUGCUUUUGAUGAGUAUUUUGCAGACGACGAAGAGGAGGAGGACGAAUGA